AUGUCAUUUGAAUAUCAAAAUGAUAUAUUGUAUAAAUUAUUAUCUCAUUUACGUGGAAAAAUUAAACGAAAAUUAAUUUAUGUUCCAAAUUCUAUGAUAAAUAAAUUAUUAGUUUCUUAUCAUGAUAAUCCAUUAAUUGGUGGUCAUUUUGGCGUUCGAAGAACAUUAGAUAAAAUUAGACAACCAUAUUGGUGGCCAGAUAUGAAAACGUCUAUCAUUAAUUAUAUAAAAUCUUGUGUUGUUUGUCAAGCAUAUAAUAGUGGUCGACAAAAAAAUCCAGGUUUUCUUCAACCAAUUACACCUCCUGAUGGACCUAAUCAGUUAAUCGGAAUAGAUUUUUCAUUACCUACAUGUUCUGCACCUGUUACUGCAAAUGCUAUUUUUAAAGAAUUUAUAUGUCAUUAUGGUGUACCAAAAGCAAUUAUUACUGAUCAAGGUAUCAGUUUCAAAAACCAAUUAAUGCAAUCAAUAUCAAAAUUAAUUAGUUAUCAUCACAUAUUUUGCACACUUUAUCAUCCUCAAAGUAAUGGCCAAGUUGAAAGGUUUAAUGCAACAUUUGUUACUCAACUUGCCAAACUAACUGAUGAUGAAUUAAACAAUUGGGACGAAUAUUUAUGUUUAAUUAUAUUUGCUUAUAACACUGGUGUUCAUUCAACAACAAACAUGACCCCAUUUGAACUUACAUUUGGACGAAAACCAAAUCUUCCAAUUGACAAUCCACCAACAUCAUUUACAUUUCAUCAUCCAAAUGAUUAUUUUGAACAACUGGUCCGGAAUUUAGAAUAUUUUCGUGGUACAGUAAAACAAAAUAUUUUAAGACAACAACAACAAUCAAAAAUUUGUUAUAAUCGUCAUCGUAAAAAUCCUGAAUAUAAUAUAGGAACAAAUGUGUUAACUCGAAUAUUUACUAAUAGAUCAAAAUUAGACCCGAAAUUUUCAAUUAGCCCGAAAGUUAUUAUUCAAAAAGAACAUCCAAUAUACUUAGUCGAAGAUAUUAAUAAUAAAUCAAUAUUACAAAUUCAUGUAAACGAUUUACGUCCAUUAAUGAAUAAUUAA